UUCCAGUUUCCCACUCAAUUCCGUAAUAAAAUACUUCAUUUCCCCCCCUUUUUUCUUCCUUCCUGUGGAAGCUUUGAGGGAAGAAAAUCCAAAUAUAAAGAGCCCCAAAUUCACAUGAAUUUUCUCAGCCAAAAUCAAAUAAUCAUCAAGCAGAGAUGCCAAUCGAAAUGCCCAAAGGGCUGCCUUUCUCAGUGGACACGUUCAGUCCAUCUUCGAAGAGAAAAAGGCACCAUUUCUUGACCCAUGCUCAUAAAGAUCAUACUUCUGGCAUUUCCUCUCCCUUUUCUUAUCCAAUUUAUUCAACUCAUCUCACUAAAUCCCUUGUUCUUCUAAACUAUCCUCAGCUUGAUGAUUCUUUGUUCGUGGGAAUUGAAGUAGGGGAAUCCAUUGUUAUCAACGACCCAAAUGGGGAAUUUCAGGUUACAGCUUUUGAUUCUAAUCAUUGUCCUGGAGCAGUUAUGUUCUUGUUUGAAGGCAGUUUUGGUAACAUCUUGCAUACCGGAGACUGUAGACUCACCCCAGAGUGCCUCCAAAAUUUACCUGAGAAGUAUAUUGGCAGGAAAGGAAAAGAGCCACAAUGUCGUUUUGAUUAUGUUUUUCUAGACUGCACUUUUGGUAGAUUCUCUCGAAAUCUACCCAGCAAGCAUUCAGCAAUCCAUCAGGUUAUCAAUUGUAUAUGGAAGCAUCCAAAUGCACCCGUGGUGUAUCUAACAUGUGACCUUCUGGGUCAGGAAGAGAUUCUCACCAGCGUGUCCCUAACCUUUGGGUCCAAGAUUUAUGUUGAUAAGGCAAAAAAUGCUGAUUAUUUCCAAUCACUGACUAUCAUAGCUCCUGAAAUCCUUUCGGAAGAUCCAACUUCUCGUUUCCAGGUGUUUGAUGGUUUCCCUAAACUAUCUGAACGAGCAACAAUAAUGUUUGCUGAGGCCCAAGCUAAUUUUCAGCAUGAGCCCGUCAUUAUACGACCUUCAGCAAUGUGGUAUGUAUGCGAGGAAGAGCGUUUAGAAAUGGAUAGUCGAAGGAAGAUAAGAUUUAAUGAAGCAAUAAAGGAUCAGUUUGGUAUUUGGCAUGUCUGUUAUUCUAUGCACUCAUCAAGGGAAGAGCUAGAGUGGGCUUUGAAACUUCUUGCUCCUAAAAGAGUUGUAUCUACAACCCCCAGCUGUCGAGCAAUGGAGUUGGAUUAUGUUAGGAAGCACUGUUUUGAUUCCUACAUAAAUUCUGAUGAUUCUCUUUGGAAGCUUCUGGACAUUGACAUGGAACCCUGUCCACAAGUAAAUUCACCUGUCAAAACUGUAGCUUGUUCUCCCAUGGUUGAAGUAUCCACCCUAACUUGUGUAGAAUCUGAACUGCGGCCUAUUAAUGUAUCAUCUUGCAAGAAAAGGCUCUUGAGUUUGUCUCCUCCAAGCAAAAGGCCACCUGUAACACUUUUUGGUCGGGCAAGGCUUAGCCUUCAUGAUCCUGAUUUUCCACCUGAGGAAAAAUGCAUAUCUACAAGAGACAACCCUCUUUGUGUUGUCAAUGAAAUGAAGCAACUAGUUAUAGUCCAUAACACCAAUGAAGAUUCUGAGAAUAGAUUGCAAAAUGAGCUGAUGGCAGAAGGCUCUGCACUGCAAUGUAAGAAGUUGGUGACUACGGAAACUGUCGAGGAAAGAUUAGAGAACAAGCUAGAGGCAGUUCAAACUGUUAUGCAAAGUGAGGAGAGGAGAUGGGAUACUUACCACGAGUACAGAUAUGAAAACAAACAGGCUGAUGAGAUUACACUGCAAUGUGAGAAUCUGACAAGGAAGGAAACUAACAAGUGUUCUUACUCUAUCGGAUAUUCAAAGGGCUACAGUGACAACUUCCGAAAGUUGUACCGGUCAAUGAAUGCACCUGUGCCUAAGCCUCUUCCCUCUUUAGUGGUGCUAAGGAAUGCCAUCAAACGGUCCAGGGGAAAUUAAUUUGUUCUGUUAUGUCCCAUGAAAGAGACAACACUACCGGCUUUCAGACCAAAGUUAAUGCUUGCCCGGUGAAAAUAUUUGUUACUUGCAGAAUGAUACCAGGAACCAUCACUGCCCAAAGUAACAUACCAGUUAUUCGUGCACCGCAGGUUGGAGCCAACUGUGUUUUAGAUGAAUCCGGGCAAGGUACCAUGGGGUCACCAUUAUUGUUGUACAGAUAUUCUUUCUCUUCAGAAUAAAAGGGUGUAUUAUUUGUGAUUAUACACUUAAAAUCUUAUACUACAAGAAAUACAAACAAGGGGUGGGGGAAACCAUUAAUUUUUUUUGUUUAAUUUCAUCUCUUCAUCACAAGAAAGCUAUUUCUAUUUCAAUUGAUAUACUAUUUGACUAUCAUGGACUAUCAAUUGGGUGAAUCAGCAUUAUUUCCGUGCGGAAUAAACAAGAACCAUAGUAGCAUCAAUGCAUCAUGAUAACUUGGUGAGAAUUCUGGAACUGUGUCAUAUUCUUUAGCAAUGGGCAUAUCAACCAAAGAGAGAGCUUUCCAUCAAGCAUCAGCCAUCCCCUUGCUGAAGGUGGGAAGUUUAUGAUUUGCCAAAGCUUCAGUCGAUGUCAAUAGCUGCGGUAUCAUGACCAGUCAUCCAGUGACCAAAAAUCCGCUUGGCUAAUACAGUAUUUGUAACUAAUGGUGAGUCAGAACCAAAUGAUACUAUGGAAAUGGAAAAUGAAUGGUAUAUUGGGAUCAUUUUAAGGGGUGGGAUUCCACUUUUGAGGACAGUUUCACAAUCUCUCAUAGCUGAGCUUCUCUGACUGAAAGCAAGAACAGGAACACGCUACCAUGGUUGCUAUAAAUGCUUCUAAUUAAAACAAAAAAUGGGAAGCAAUUUGCUAAGUUUUGUUACUUGCGACUAUCAAUAGCAAUAGCAUGAUCUGGGCUGAACUUUGCUCAGCUCAUUAGGAACAAGCAAGGCAUUAAAGCUUAUGGGAAGAAGAAUUGUCUAUGGUUUUAAACAGAUUUUAUGUAUCUAUUUAUUGUUCAAAGGAUUAAACAGAUUUCAAUUGUCAAAAUUGUCAAAAGCUCAUAACCAAUUAGCCUUCAAAAAAUUGAUGUUUGAGAAAUUUAACUACGUAUAACACUAAACAAUAAGUUGAAGAAAGAAAAUUUAGUAUUGGGAGUCAAAAUUAUAUUAAUUUAUAAAUAAAUUAUUUGAUAAAUUAAUUUCAAUAGUUUUAUUUA